AUAAUAUGUUAUUCAACUUACCCCUCAAAUAGACUAGACAGGUAGAUAUUAUCAAACCAGUUGAGUAAGCAAUUCUAAGUUGCUAUGGAGAAGCAACACUCUUUAGUGAAGUAAUUAAAAUUUCCAUAAAUUACAGAUUAGGGAUAUAUUAGAUAAAACAUAAAAAUUGAGAUAGAAUUUGGAUUAUGAUAAGAUCAAUUUGAGUAUUGCCACUGAUCCUUUAACAUCCGAAAAUCUAGAGAACAACCUUAUUGAAUAUCUUAAGCACUUUUCUUUACUCUUCAAACAUUUAAGAUUUGAAUAAGGAGAUUAGAGAUCACCAUAAGUUAUGUUUUACUGGAGUGACAGCUAUGAUCAUGUAUCUAAAUUAUUUACUAUCAUUUUUAGAAGAGAAGUUCUUAAUUGAAUUCUGGUAGAUUAGAAUUGAUAUCCCAAUAUUAUAAUCUUGCAAUUAGUUACUACUAUUAAGCAAAUAGCAAGAUUAUAAAAGAUACAGACCCUGAUCGUAAAGCAGCUUACACAAAACUUAGAAAUGGUCUAUGGGCAUUAGAAUAAUUAAAACAAAAUAUUCAUGGACUUUCUAAAGAUUCAAUAUCAUAGUUAUAUGAUUUAUCAACCUAUAAUUUAGAAUUUAUAGAGCAUGCUGUAAUGAUAAAUUUAUAUAAAAUUAGUUUUGUGGUCUUGCAUACAAAGCUCUAUAUUAAAAUAUGAUGUCAUAAGUAAAGACUUUUGGACUUAAUGUUGUUUGUGGAACAAUCUUUGAAGCAGCUAAAGAAUUUACAAUUUCCAUGAAAGCAGUAGAGGGUAUGAAUACUCAAUAUUAGAAAUAAAUUGGAAAAGUAUUUAAUUUGAUUUUAUAAACUUUAGAAUAUUCUUGGUCAAAUGUUACCAACUAUUUAAUUUUAUUAGAUAUGGACAACAGUUACAGGAUGUCUUUAAAUGGGUAUAUAUCAUUACGGGAGAAUAUAAGAAGACUCUAGAGGAUAAAAUAUGGGAAAAGCUUUGGGUUUUUUAGUUAAAGCAUAAUAAUUGAUAUCACCAAUAAUUGAUGAUAAGAAUGCACAUAAAACAUUUACACCAGAUUAACUUGAUCAAUUAAAAUAAUUGAAUUAACAAUUGAGUCAAUUAGCUACAGAAUAUAAUUACAAGAAUUAAUAAAUUUAUAAAGAAUAAUAGAUUGCUUAAGAUUUAUUACCAUAUCCUUCUUUAAUGGAAUAAAUAAGAUUGAAGCCACUUGAACCAGAUAGUUUUAAGAAAUAAGUUUAAGGAGCAGAUAAAUUUUCAGGAUUUGUAUCAGAGGAAGCUUUAUAAUUAUCAAGAGAAAUCAAAAUGUUUGUAGAAUAAACAAGAUAUUCACUUGAAGAUUCUUUAAGAUUAUUAUUUGAUCAAAAAAAUUAAGCAUAUGCAGAGAAUUAUGUUACUUACUUUAUAGAUAUGGCAUAAUAGAAAUAAAUAGUUUAAGGAGGACUUCCUUAAAGUAUAUAAGAGAAAAUAAAUUAUAUAAGAUAAAGAGGAUGUUUGAAUGGAGUGGAAAAGAUAAUCACUUAAGCAAAGUAGAAUUCGGUUAUUUGUAACUAAUUGAUAGGAUAAAUAGAAUAAUCAUUAAUAAAUGAAUAAUAAUAAGAUUAAGAUAAUAGAAAUAAAUUUGGUGCUAAAUGGACAAGAAGUUAGUCAAUUUAAUUAAAUUAAUAAUACUUUAAUUCUUUAAAAGAUCUCAAGACUAAAUAUUUGUAAGCUUAGAAGAUUGAUUUUGAGGUAAUGAAUGGUUUUGAGAAAAACAGAGAUACAAUUCUACUUGCUGCUUAAACUGAUUAAAUUAUUAUUUAAUAGCUACCAAAGAAUAAUAUUAAUUAAGAUUUUGUUAAUUAAAAUGCUUAAACAUUUGGAUAGCUUACCUCUUUAGAUUAAUAAGCCAAUGGUAUUAUUGAUUAAUUAAAAUCGAUUAUCUAAGAAUAUAAUUUAACUAUGUAAUAAACUAACUUCACAAAGUUAGCUGUUAAUGGAGUAAAUAAUGGAACACCAAAAGAAUAAAUAUUCAAUGAUUCUCUUUAAAAUGUUCAAGGACACAUUGAAUAAUUUAACAAUAAUGUAAAUAUUUAAAUAUCUCUUAUUAGAUGAAUCAAGUCUCAGAAAUGAUUGGCAAUGUUUGUGGAAUUGCUAGAGAACUAUCAAAUCUAAAAAAAUAAUCUGCUGAAUAAGUCUAAUAAUCUGGAUCAACUAAUUAAUUUGCAAGUGCAUAAUAAGCUAUUGAUAAUAUUGAUCAUUCAGUUGUUUUCUAUGAGUAUAUAAUCAAUUCUAUAAUUUAGACAAUUGAAAAUGCAUUUAGAAGAUUAAGACAGAAAAGUUAAAGAUUAUGUAAUAGCUAGAAAUAUUGAAUCAGAAUAAUUAAUAUAACAAUUAAAUUAGUAAUAAAGCUAUUCUUAACAAUAAGCCUAAAAGCCAUAAUAACCAUAAUAACCUUAAUAACCAUUAUAAUAAUCAGGAUACCAAUAUCCUGCUUAUCCUACUAAUCUUUAGUAUCCACAAUAUCCUUAAUAUCCAUAAUAAUCUUAAGGGAAUCUUCCUUAAGUUCAACCAUAAUAAAUGCCCUAUCCACAAUAAUAAUAUCCUUAAUAAUACCCUUAAUAAUAAUAAUAAUAAUAGUAUACAUAUGGUUUUAAUCCAUAAUAAUAAUAAUAAUAAACUUAUGGAAUGUGGGGACAAUAAUAGAAAAAAUGAUAUAAUAUUAAAUAAUU